AUGUCAGGACCAAUGUUUGGUAUGCCAGGUAUGAACCCAACAGGAGCCACUAUUGGUACAAAUAAUGGGGUUCCAAGUAAUAAAUCAAGAUUUCAACAAUUUAAAGAAUCUCCUGCUUUCACUGUUUUAUUAAAUGGUACCUUAUUCGUUGCUGGUGUCACAUUUAUUCAAUCUCCAUUGAUGGAUAUGUUAGCUCCAGCUCUUUAG